UCUCAGGGUUUUUUGAGUGAAUUUUCUUUGUUGCAGUCAGGGGAGGUUUGUCUGUUGGUUGCAGAAAGAAGUCAGAAUAGAGAUAUCGUGGGGGUAGGUUUGUUUGGAACAGAAAUCAAAGACCAUUUUUUCUGAGAGAAGGAAAUAACAUCUGCAAAUGACAUGCUGUUUUUGCUACUUCCAUUGCUGGCUGUUCUCCCAGGUGGUGGCAAUGCAGACGGGCUCAAGGAGCCUGUCUCCUUCCAUGUCAUCCAGAUCGCAUCCUUUUACAACCAUUCCUGGAAACGAGAUCUGGUCUCAGGUUAUCUGGGUGAUUUGCAGACCCACACCUUGGACAGAAAUUCCAGCACCAUCAUUUUCCUGUGGCCCUGGUCCAGGGGAAACUUCAGCAAUGAGGAGUGGAAACAACUGGAAAUGUUACUCCAUAUACGCCUAGUUCGGUUCCUCGAGGGAAUGCAUAGAUACUCCCGUGAAAUGCAGUUUGAGUGUAUCCUAUGGCCACCCUUCUUCCUGCCCUAUAACCAGAUACUGAAGCCCGAGGCCUGGCUGUCCCGUGGCCUCAGUCCGGGCCCUGGCCAUCUACAGCUUGUGUGCCAUGUCUCAGGAUUCUACCCAAAACCUGUGUGGGUGAUGUGGAUGCGGGGUGAGCAGGAGCAGCAGGGCAUUCAGCGAGGGGACAUCCUGCCCAAUGCUGACGGGACAUGGUCUCUCCGAACAACCCUGGAGGUGGCCGCUGGGGAGGCAGCUGGCCUCUCCUGUCGGGUGAAGCACAGCAGUCUAGAGGGCCAGGACAUCGUCCUCUACUGGGAACAUCACAGUUCCAUGGGCUUGAUCAUCUUGGCGGUGAUAGUGCCUUUGCUUCUUCUGAUAGGUCUUGCGUUUUGGUUCAGGAAACGCUG